AUGAGUAAAAUCACUGCUCAAGAUUUAAAAGAUCAUGUUGUUAAAGUCGAAGUUAACGAUCCAUACCAGGAACAUUUUGACAAGCUUAUGGAGGCAAUCGGCAAUUAUAAUAAUAAUUUUGUCAACGAUAAUAAAUUAGAAAUUUCUCAUUAUAUCAUUAAUAGAUACAUUAAAAACAUUGCUCCGCAAAACGUUAAAACACUCACUGAUUCUUUAAAAGAUUUUAAACGUUUUCCUUUGUGGAUGUGGCGUAACGAAGAGAUGCUAAAUUUUAUUGAUUGGUGUCGUCGAUAUAACGACAGGUUAGAGGCCGGAUUCUACGAUAAAGUUUCCUUUUAUGGCCUUGAUUUGUAUUCUCUUCAUACGAGUUCUGAAGCCGUGAUCGAUUACCUUCAAAAGGUUGAUCCUAAAGCAGCACGAAAAGCGCGUGAAAGAUAUGGUGUUUUCGAACGUUUUGGUAAAAAUACGAUGAGCUAUGCUUUCGCAGCUCGUUAUGGGUUAGUUAAAUCGGCUGAAGAAGAAGUGGUUGCUGUUUUGACGGAUUUAUGUCGAAAAAGAGGUGAAUAUUUGUUAAAACAAUUAAAAGACUUUGGACCGAUCGAAGAAUAUCAGUUUGCUGCUGAGGAAAAUUCUCUUGUCGUCAAAGAUGCUGAGGAAUAUUAUCGGCGUAUGCUUUGCGAAGAUGUUAAGUCAUGGAAUUUAAGGGAUACACACAUGGUUCGAGCGUUGAAUCAAAUAUUAGAUCAUCUAACGAAAUGUCAAAAUGGUUGUCCUGCUAAAGCAGGGCCGAUGAUUUACUUAACUGCUGCUCAUGAAUGGAAUACAUCACCUAAAAUUAUGAAAAUUGUCCCAGGAAGAAAGGACUCGUAUGAAGGAGUUUUUCAUAAGAUUAGCGUAGACCUUAAACUUCCAAAUUUUCUUAUAAUCUUUAACAAAAUAGUUUCAUCUUCAUCUAAUCCCGAAGAGUUAAAUAGUUUCUAA